AUGCCUACCAUUGGAGUUGAUAAGCAGGACCUUUUUGAUCUGCUGGGGAAAUCCUACACGACCAAGGAGUUUGACGAGCUAUGUUUCGAGUUCGGGAUCGAGCUGGAUGAAGACACCACCGACGACUGUCAACCGGGCGAGAGACCUCAGCUCAAAAUUGAGAUUCCGGCCAAUCGCUACGAUAUGCUUUGUAUCGAAGGUAUUGCCAAGGCUUUGAAUGAGUAUCUCGGUCGCUCUACUCCUCCAGUCUAUAAGCUAAAGCCAUUGAAACCCGUCGAGACGCUCACCAUCAAGGAGUCCACUCUAGCAGUGAGACCGUAUGCUGCUGCUGCCAUCCUGAGGGGUAUCAAGUUUACUCAAAGGUCGUAUGACUCUUUUAUCUCCCUCCAGGACAAGUUGCACACCAAUCUGUGCCGUAACAGAACACUUGUUGCAAUGGGAACCCAUGAUUAUGACAAGAUCGAGGGCCCAUUCACCUACGAGGCCCUCGAGCCUUCAAGUUUCAAGUUCACGCCUUUGAACCAGACGAAGGAGAUGACAGGAGCCGAACUCAUGGACUUCUACGAGAAGGAUAAGAACCUCGGCAAGUACUUGCACAUCAUUCGCGACUCGCCUGUGUACCCAGUCAUUUUGGACAAGAACAGAAAUGUCUGCUCGAUGCCUCCUAUCAUCAACUCUGACCUUAGCAAGAUCACUCUAGAGACCACUAAUGUGUUCCUGGAUAUCACUGGAACCGACAGGACCAAACUGGAGAUUGUCGUGAACCAGCUGGUGGCCAUGUUCUCGGUCUAUUGCUCCGAACCUUUCACCAUUGAGCCUGUUCAAGUGGUUUCCGAGCACAACGGCCUCACCAGAGCGUACCCUUCUGUUGAGCCAAGAAUAAUGCAGGCCGAGAUCCCAUACAUCAACUCGUGUCUUGACCUCAAGCUGACCCCGGAGCAGAUCUCCGCGUUGUUGGCCAAGAUGGCACUAGAAUCGUCGGUGUCUAAGUCGAAUCCACUGGUUCUGGACGUUUCCAUUCCAAUCACCAGACCAGAUAUCCUACAUCAGUGUGACAUAAUGGAGGAUGCUGCCGUGGGAUAUGGCUUCAACAACCUCAAGAAGACUGACGUCAAGUCGGCGCUGCUGCUUGCUAAGGCGUUGCCCAUCAACAAGGUUUCUGACAUCUUGAGAUUGGCUUCUGCGCAAAGUGGAUGGUCGGAAGUGCUGCCUUUGACUCUGUGUUCGCACGAUGAGAACUUCAAGUUCUUAAGACAGGUUGACGACAACACCAAGGCGGUCAAGUUGGCCAACCCCAAGACCUUUGAGUACCAGGUGGUGAGGACUACACUGCUUCCAGGUAUCCUCAAGACGGUUAAGGAAAACAGAAAGCACUCGUUGCCAAUCAAGGUUUUCGAAAGUGGUGACAUUGUGCUCAAGGACCCAUCGCUUGAAAGAGGAGCUUUCAACAAGCGUAACUGGGCUGCCAUUUACGCAGGUAAAACAUCUGGUUUCGAGUAUGUUCAAGGUCUGUUGGGUAAGAUCAUGCAGACAAUGAGAACGACGUGGAUUGCUGACCCAGCCAAGGAUGACUCCAGAGGUUACUGGAUCGAGGAAGACCCAGCCAACCUGACCUUCUUCCCAGGUAGAGGGGCCAAGAUCUUUUUCAGGGCUGUCCAAGGUGGUGAGGCCCAUGUGAUUGGUGCUCUCGGUGUUUUGCACCCCGAGGUGUUGCAAUUUUACGAGAUUCCAUAUGCUGCGUCAACCGUUGAGAUCGAUGCAGAGGUUUUCCUUUAG